GAUCCCUGUGUGUCAAUAGAGGGCGCUUCACCGAACGUAAAGAAAGACAGACGAAAAUUCGGUUUGCGUAAAAAGAAAUCCAGUAACAAAUGCACUUCCGUUGAUCUUCAACCGCCGCAUAUAGAUCUUUCUAAUUCACAUAUGGCUCUCUCAACUCUAACUGCUCCCCCAUCUCCUGGUGGCUGUGCAUCGUCAGUUCCUAAUUCCGCUGCGUCCUUACCUAUAGCGUGUGCUGCCACUCGGCCACAAUCCUUGCCUGGAGCUGAAGCCCUGAAUGCUGCACCAGCCAGCCUUUGCAGCUUGACCCCGGACCAUCAUUUGCGGGAGGACUUCACCGUGCUUGCCAAAGAUCUGGUUACCAGCUUGAAGAGUAUCGUCGCCACUUUAGUUUGCGAGCGAGGUCGUCUUCGCGCGGCCAUGGAGUCACCGGAAGGUGUGCGCGGGUCGGGGGGUUCGGGGUUGGUGGCCGCACUCAGGACCAACCUGUCCACUGCACUGCACCAAAAUUCCGUGUAUCGUACAGAGCUACGGUCCCGGCUGUCUCGGAUACACGACGCGUCCGACCUAGCGGAGAUAUCGUCCAUGGGGGCCAACUCUGACAAUCCUCAGUUCAAGCACUCUCUUAGCUACAGCUCGUCCUGUGUCUCCGCCUCCGAGUUCUUCGAUGCGGAGGAACACGACGAGGAAGACCUGAAGCCCACUACCAUCAUCGCCAACGAGUCAGGAGUGAUAGAACUGGACGGUGACUCUACUUCGGAGGCGGGGUCCCUCAGCAGCGAGGAUGGGUCAGCUAGCUCCGAUAACAGCGAAGCACCAAUUGGUCGCGUAGGCGAGCGUCCGUCGAGUCAGCUGUGUCCGCUGAAUCCUCCCACGGAGUGGUCGCGCCGGUCCCGCCUCCCCUCCCCGCGACCUAAUCCGGGAGGGCCCAGCCUCUGGAACCUGCUCUACAAGAACAUCGGCAAGGACCUCAGUCAGAUAUCCAUGCCGGUCACCAUCAACGAGCCGCUCAACAUGCUGCAGCGUCUCUGCGAAGAAUUGGAGUACAGCGAGCUGCUAGAUACCGCGGCUGGUUGUGUUGACAGCGUGGAGCGAAUGUCGCUGGUGGCGGCUUUUGCCGUCUCGGCGUACGCGGCUUCGGCGCAUCGAGCGGCCUCCAAGCCGUUCAACCCGCUGCUGGCGGAGACCUACGAGUGCAUCAGAGAAGACAAGGGCUUCCGGUUUCUGGCCGAGCAGGUGUCCCACCAUCCCCCGGUGUCGGCCUGCUACGCCGAGUCCAGCAAGUGGACCUUCUGGCAGGAGGCAAGGAUCAAGACCAAGUUCUGGGGCAAGUCGAUGGAGUUCCAGCCCGCGGGGAAUGUGCAUCUCAAGCUGUCGACGACGGGCGAUCACUACACAUGGAACAAGGUGACCACUUGCGUGCACAACCUGUUCGGCGGGCAGCGUUGGGUGGACCAGUACGGAGAGAUGCACAUUGUGUGUCGCGGCUCCGACAUCACCUGCAAACUCAACUUUGUCAAGGCUAGCUCGUGGUCCAACAGCCGCCACGAGGUCCGUGGCGCCGUGUACUGCGGCGGUCGUCCUCGCCUGAGACUCCACGGUCGCUGGUCCGAAGGCCUACAUGCGGGGGAGCCGCCCGCCGCACGAUCGCUAUGGCGUCCUGGCGCCAUGCCUCCGGAGUAUGAGCUGUACUAUGGGUUCACGAGGUUCGCGAUGGAGCUCAACGAGAUCGAGCCUGGCACCAGGGAGCUGCUGCCUUACACCGACACCAGGCUAAGGCCGGACCAGAGGGCGCUCGAGGAGGGUGACGUGGAGGGAGCGGAGCAGUACAAGCUACAGCUGGAGCAGGCGCAGCGAGAACGGCGGCGGCUCGCGACCGAUCACACGCCCGCUUGGUUCCGUAAGACGAUGGAGGACGGCGAAGAGGCCUGGGUGUUCGCGGGCACGUACUGGCGCGAGCGCGAGUGCGGGUUCCCCAACAACAACGCGCCGCGCCUGUGGUGACCCCCCCGCCUGUGUCUACACUGUGUUAAACAGUACGAGGUGCUGUGUUAGCGGUUGUGUCGAAAGCUUCGCUUGCUUUAGUAUAAACUAUUGUUACGCAAAGUGCAUCGAGAUAUGUGAUCUAAUUAUAAUGUAAUUCAGAUCAGAUUGGCCUGAAUCAAAAAAUAUUAUUUAAUUUAUUAUGAAUAUGAGUACAUAGGGCUUACUAAUAUGACACUUGAAAAUGACAUGAGACAUAAACGAAAAGACAAACAUUGAUUUAAGUUCAAUAUAAAAAAUUACACAAAUUAAGUUUGUAAAAACUCUCAGGUUGUGCGUCAUGAGAGUUGAACAUGAAUCAAAAUUUAUGAACGUUACGUCACUCGAACGGUUGGCUCAGUGGAAGAGCGCUUGCAAGGAGCGCGAGAGGUCACGUAUUCGAGUCCCGCAGCGUUGAUUAAUUUUGUUUUCAAAUUUAAUAUGUGUAAUUUAAUCCUCUGGGAUUUUAAAAAGUGAUAACCCUCACUCAUUGAAAAGAUCACUUAUCUUUAUACACUGUAGGUCUAUAUUCCUUUAACGAGAGAAUUUUAAUAUACUUGUAAGUAAAAUGGUAUUAGAACGUUGUUAGUAUUUGGAUAUUUUUGUUGAGUUUACAUUACGUAGCUCUGAUGAAACUUGUUAAGUAUUAUUUGAAGCUUGGCUUUGUGUAGUUUUUUUUUUAUAUUUGAAGUGUUUUUUUUAUACGUAACGGGGCUGUUUUAAACUAUAGUCCUGUCUUGUAAGCUAAUGAUUUAUAGAAAUACAAUUCAGCUUUGUCUUUAGACAAUAAUUUUUUACUAUCAUGGGCCACUGACCUCCACUAUAUACCACUGGACUGGCGGCUGUCAAAGUGCUUUUGUGCCUGUUUGAUAUUCGCUGUUGGCCAUGUAGCGAGAUUCUGCGGUACUAAAACUAGUGAUGACAACCUCAGCAAACAUCGAUAGAUGGUGGGAAACUAUUUACAAAAAAAAAUUGUGUACUUUUUACGUUGAUUCUUGAAGUAUAAAUAACACGGAAAACGAACGAAAUUAAUUCAAAUUGCAAAAAUACUUCAGAAUAUUGUACGUUCCUUCGCAGCCAUUUGUAUUAUACGUCAAAAUUAGUUCUCAGGACGUUCGCGAGUGGCGCUUCAAAUAGGCACAAAAAAUUUGCUGUCAAACAUAUGGAACAGCCUGUCCAGUGUUAUUUAUGCAGGUCAGUGGUCAUGGACUGAUACUAGGGUUGCCAAUCGUAGUCUGAAAUAGUACUCUGUUUCAUAAAGGUGUACUCCAUAAAUGUUUUUAAACUUUUAUGAAGUCAUCAUCAUAUAUCAUCGCGGAACUUUAACAUUGUAAUUAUUAUGAAGGGUACUCACGAUAUAUAUUUUAUUAAUUUGGUGCCGAUAUUUUCGCCGCGACCGCUAUUCAUGCAAUUUUUUCGAAAAAUCUGCACCAUAUUAAUAAAAUGUAUGUCCAGAGUUCCCGUCAUAAUAACUGUAUUCUAUAAUCCAUUACACUAAUAGAUUUCGCAGAUAUACUAUCUUUUUUUUUUUGCAAAAAAAGGUUUUUAGGUACUUGUUGGUGCCCAAAGCCAUUGCCCAUUAAAACUUGGGUGUUUCUGAACGCUGUGUGCGGGACAGUCACAUGUCAAUGCGACAAGUUGUCGGAGGAAAGAAAAUACAUUCUAAAUAAUCCAAUAAAUGAUAAUUAUUAUUCUAUAUUUACACUUUUCUGAAAACAGACAUACUCUACAUCUUCCAGAAAAAUUUGACAACCCUAGCUGAUACGUACGUAUAUGAAAUAUUUUUAGUUUUUGUGAUAAAUUUUAUUGCCAACCUCAUUAAUAUAUAAGAUAAUUUGAAUCGAUAAUUGAAAUGUGUAUUAUGAAGGUUCUAAACAAUUUAUUUUCUUACAUUUGUUUUUCAACAUUACAUUCCUUGCCACGAGAUAGAAGGUAUAUCUACGACAUAGUUUUACAUUGUUAGUCGUUGCUAAUUUCAUAAUUGCCCGUUAAAGUCGUGAUAAAUUUGCUAUAUUACUUUUUCGCACAAUGUUUACUUUGAUUUUUUAUUUAUUUAUAUAAAAUUGUUAUUUAUAUUUCGUUUCUUGUUUUAAAUUUGUUGUCAAUUUUAACUAAUGACGAUGAUAAAAAUCAUAGAAGUCUAAAUAAUGUCCGGAGCGUUGCAAACGAAUGAAGCAAUUUAUAUACUAUAUAUGUAUGUAUAGGCGACAGUUGUCCACCAAACAAUCAAAUCAUUUGUUUACAAUCAGCAAUUUCAAUAACUUUCUUAUUUAGAUUUCUAUGGUAAACAUUCAUUUGAGGUUAGAGGAAUCAUUUAUUUUAACCGAUUAAUCUCACUUCUAGUCGCAGAACAGAGUUGUGAAAAAGUAUAAAAUACUGCUUACCAAAACUUAUAUUCUGUUAUGUUUGUGUAAAUGUGGGUUGCCAAUCUAAUUGCUACCAUCAUCAGCCGGAAGACGUCCACUGCUGGACAAAGGUCUCCCCCAAAGAUCUCCACGACGACCGGUCCUGCGCUGCCCUCGUCCAACGUAUUCCGGUGAUCUUGACCAGAUCGCCGGUCCAUCUUGUGGGGGUCCUACCGACACUGCUUCUUCCGUUGCGUAGUCGCCAUUCGAGGACUUUUCUGCCCCAUCGGCCAUCUGUCCGUCGAACUAUAUGCCCUGCUCACUGCCACUUCAGUUUCGCAAUCAUUUGGGCUAUGUCAGUGACUUUGGUUUUCCUACGGAUCUCCUCAUUCCUGAUUCGUUCUCGCAGGGAAACUCCGAGCAUAGCCCUCUCCACUUCCCUCUGAGCGACCAUGAGCUUCCUCAUAAGUGAUCUGCCCAUGCGAGUUGGAUUCGACGAGUGACCUCUUUCGCGAAAUUGGACCUGCCUACCUGGAUUGUUUGUCCAAGGUAGACGUACUCGUCAACAAUUUCGAGAGUACAGUCCCCAAUUGUUACGGGAAUAGGUGCGAUAGGGUUUGGUCUAAUUGCUAAGAUAAUCUGUAUUCGACAAAACCAAUGACAUUCUUUACAUAGAGACAAUGCGUCGUAUAAAAACAAAGCUGAAAUAUGGAACAUGCCACAAAUUACACCAUAAUAAGGUUUGACGGCAAAUCUAUACAUUGCCGCAUUUAGUCCAGUUGUUGAAAUUAUUCUUAGUCAAUAAGCAGCUAUGUAAAAAAACAUUUAUUCAGUUUAGGUCUGAUUCAGAUAAUGACACUUGAUACACAACAAAGGAGAAAAGUGUGCUUACAUUGUCUCUUAGCACACUUUUGCCGUUCCGCUAUCAAACUGCGAAUGAUAUGUCCAUGUGCCUAGAACCUCAUUGGAUAAAACACUUUAUUUACUCAUGUUUUGAAUUUCAGUGCAAGUCAGUGACGUUCUAUUCAUAUAGACAAUGCACCUCAUACAAAAUCAAAGCCGAAAUAUGGAACAUGCCACAAAUGACACCAUAAUAACCUUCGACUGUUAUGUCUAUACAUUUCCGAUUGUGUCCUUUCAUCUGUCCCAUUCUGACAAGCGGGUCUUGUCUGGGGACUUGUCAAUAAUAUUGUACCAUAUUUAAUGAAAACAUUUUUGUUUUAUUAAAUUACUUCCGCUUUUUGCAUAUCAAUCUUAUAUAAUAAAAUAAUCUUACCGAUGAUAAGUCACACUAUCUUUUUUUUGUGUCGUUAAUGUAUUAUUUAAGCACUUUUUAUAACACACUUAGGCUUGUUAAUUGACACACAGUUCACACACGACUAUGGAGAAAAGUGUGCUUACAUUGGCUUUAAGCACACUUAUGCCGUUCCGUUAUAAGACUGCGAAUGAUAUGUCCAUAUGUAUAGAACGUCAUUGGUGCAAGUUCAAAAUAUAUAAUCUGACUGCUACAUUCCCGUCAUUAUUUCUGUUUUCCAUCAAAAGCUGUCAGACUCUUUUGUUUUAGAGAGUUAUACUCAAUAUUAAAAUGAAAAAAAUGUCGCUUCACAUAACAUGUGUCCUAAAUACACAUCUGCGAGUAUUUUUGUUCACAUGUUUAAAUAAUUUAAAUAGCGAAAUUACUGGGCAAAUGACACUUAACAUAUCAUGUCUCAAGAUGACGAGCGCAAUUUCAGUGCCGCUCCGAAUAUUUGGGUUUUUCGGGAACCCUGAGCGGCGCUGCAUUGUAAUGGGCAGGGCGUUUGAGUUACCAUCAGCUGAACGUCCUGCUCGUCUUGUGCUUUAUUGUCGUAAAAAAAUACUGCUACAGACGUCUCCGAGUGAUGCUGGAGGUCGGUGGUUUUCCCCUUGUUCGGCCACGCACUCUCUAAGAACAGGCUGUGGUGUUUCCUCUGCCUCCAUGCAAACUCUGUAUAAUCUCCUGUGUGAUAUGCUUAUGAUAAUUAGAUGCUAAUUUCAGGGACAUUGGCCGGUUAUAAUAUUGAACCCACACACACCGAUUCGGUUGGCAACUCAUGUCUAAUAAUGUCAUAUUAGUUUAUUUGCUGAACUGUCAAAAUGACUUUUCACUGUAACACUGUAUUUUUUUUUAUUUGAUAUUGCUUUUCCGGCUGGUGUGACAUUGUCUAGAUUCAAAUAGUUUUCUGUCAGCGUUUACGCCUAAUAUACAUCGAAACAACCUUUAUAUUAUAUAAAUUUAUUUAACGUAUAUGUAACUAAGUGCGAGGCUCCUUUACACCGGAUGCCGGCUAGAUUUUGGGUACCACAACGGCGCCUGGUACUGCCGUGAAGCAGUAAUGUGUAGGCAUUGCUGUGUUACGGCCUGAAGGGCGCCGUAGCUAGUGUAAUUACUGUGCAAAUGAGACUUGGUAACUUAUGUCUCAAGGUGACGAGUUGUAGUGUAGUGCCGCUCAGAAUUAUUGAGGUUUUCAAUUAUCCUAAUUUAGAAAAAAAACAGGUACACUUUUCAAUAUCUUCUUAUGCGUCAACGCUGACAGAGAAGUAAUAUUACUUAGGGGUACAAAAAGGGGGUUGGGGCGUAACAAAGGAGCUAUCUGUGUUGUAACUCGUAACUGUCAUUUAUAUUGACAAUAAAUUAGUAUUUGCCGUUAUUGUUGUGAACUUAGACCGAAAUCAAUUAAUAAUUAUAAUAAUAAUAAAAUAGAAAAAUUAUUUCGGAAUACAAAAUGAGCUUCAGGUCUGUUGCCGCCGUCUGUAUUUAGUCAGUAUUCUACAGUAGAAAUUGAAAUAAAACUAUUUUCAAUAUUACGAGAUUUUUGCUGCUUUUAUAUGCUUUUAGAGGAUAAUUUGAAAAUUUGAUAAUUUUUUCCUAUAUAUUUCACGCCCAAUACAAUUUUGAAUGCCUCGAUAAGUAGGCCCGAAUGCCUUGCGCUUGACUAUAGCGCGUACCCUUUACCAGAAGACUCAAUACGCUCAGAUAAGCGACGCCCGUCAUACAACUUGCGAUAGUUAAGCGACAGUCGCUAUUCCGAGGCGCUUCAUAAUAACUCUCGGUAAAAAUUUUGAUUUGAUUAAAAAUCCUAAAAGCGUUUCCAUUUUUUAAUUUUUUUUUCAAAAUUUAUCGAUACUAUUCAAAAUAGUUUUAUUUCUAACUCGUAAUUAUAUAAAUAUUGUACUUAUCGAUUACGUAUUAGCAAAAUGGAUUGAUCUCAGACUAAAAUAAGUUGAUAGACAGAACGCACCCAAUGAGAACUUACUUUAUGAAUAAAAUCAAGGUGUAUGGGAUGACGUGAGUCCAGCUUAAGCUAUACCCUAUUUUAAAGUUUCAUUUUCAACGAUGUGGCACUGCCUCAUUGCCGAUACGGUACGGUCUACUGCGUUUGGCAAUGUCGGUUUGAGCUCAACUUACAUUGUUGUACACUUUUACUUUGUGUUAGCUGAAUGCAAGUCCGUCUACUAAAUAAAUUAUAGGAUAAUUAAUAUCAAGAUCAAGCAGUUCUUGAGUUGAUAGACUACCAUAGUAGUACAAAUGUUUUUAGUUUUCUUUAGUAUUAAGAGACUGAGUCUAGUGCCAGUGUUUGGUGAGCCAACAUGUCCUGAGGAUGUUUCGUGUAGAGGCGAAACACGUGUCGAAUUGUUCAAAGACAAAUAUUGGCGGAAUUAACACUAAAGAAAGCUCAAAACAUUUGGAUAAUUAUGUAUUUCCGCAAUGUAACGCCUACUUCAAUAAAUUUACCAUAUAAAUCCUACUAAUAUUAUAAAUGUGAAAGUUUGUAUGUCUGGAUGUAUGUUUGAACUUCUUUAACGCAAAAUCUACUGAAUAGAUUUUGAUGAAACUUUACAAUAAUAUAGCUUCCACAACAGAAUAACAAAUAGGCUAUAAUUUAUAAAACUAUUGUGUGAAUUAUACAAAAUAUAAAAGAAGUGUGAUUGUUACUAAUGAAUACAACUAGCGCCAUCUCUUAUCAACUAGCAAGAAAAAGAUCAGUACAAUUUAUAUGGCAAAACAACGUUUGCCGGGUCAGCUAGUUAAGUAUAAAUAUGUUAAGAGUGGCAGUGCCUUGGUUAUGUGUCCUCCCAUAGAGCUUCUGAGUGAGGACGGCACGUGUUGUAUUUACUAUUAGUUAAAGGCAUAAAAGGCAUUAAUUUUCUCAAAAUUGAUUCCUUCAGAAUUCUUUUUGAUGUCAUUUCUAAUAUACUAGACACUACUACCGCUUCGGAAACAAAUGGCGCUCUGAUUAAGCUGCGCAAUAAACUCCCAGCAUUUUUUUUUUGUUCGCUUUUUAAUGAAAUAUACAAUAUUGUAUUGUCAUUGCUAUUGCUAUAAAAUGAUCAAAAUCUAGUCCCAAGCUGUCGGAUCACUUAGGGUAUUCAGCUGUGGAGUAGUUGGAUUUACGACAGCCAUUUUUUAUAAAACAUUUAAAUUUUAAAUAGAUAAUGCCUCAACAGUGGCUGGGAUUAGUAGUGGUAGGAAAAGUAUAUAUUUACACUUAAAGCUAUUAUGUAUCUUAUGUAAUAAUAAUAGUAAUAUUUCUAAUUAAUUCACGCAGCAAUUUUAAGGUACGGGAAGUAAGCUGAUUUCUUGUUUUCGUCAUAUGCAGUUUUCUAUUAUUGUUUUGGUCUGAGAUUUUAUAUGUAUGUAAUUAAAAAUGAAAUGACAUUAUUUAUUAGUAUGUUGUAUUAAGUGUUAAUUCCACGCGUAGUUUAAUUAUAUUAAUGUAGUUUUUGUUAACAAACUAAUCCUAUUUUGGUGAUAUUAUAAUAGUUUUAUUGUUACGAUACUAGAGUAGAUAAUAUUCAGAGGUUACUUAUAAUUAUAAAGUUAAGCUCUGUAGCCGCUUAGGAAUUUGGUUAGCUUACAAAUCAGCGUACUGUCGUAUCUGCUAAUAGUGUUUUUAGGUUUAUUAAUUAUAAAGAUUAUGCAUUAUAUUUGUUACCCUCAUAAUGUUUAUGAGGCAGGAACAGAUCCUUGCUUUACCACUUUUAAACACUCUUAGUGUAUAUUCGAUAUCAGUUCAAAUUCCUUCAGGCUCUGCGAACAAAUCAGUUUGGGAUGUAAUAAUAAGGAUUUGGUUGCAAUAUGCAAGUGCUCUACAUUAUAGUAUUGAAAAAACUUAUACAAAUAUACCGUUACUCGUUUCUCUGUUAAAUCACUAAUACAGUGCUCCAAAAUUAAUAAUGCGCAUACAGAUCUUCGCUAAUGGGCUUAUUCCCGGGAACACCCGAAUCAUUCAAUCGUAAGAGCCCUAAACAAUGCACAAUACGAAAACAAAUGGGGUGGUCGGCUGUGGCAGCCGGUCAGUCAGUCAUCUUUAAGUAUUGGUGUCGACUGCACGUGUUCAGUCUAUGUGGAAUUAUAUAGAGCUCGGGAAAUGGGACCGUUGCCGAAAAGUGCCGAAGAUCUGUAUGCGCAUUAUUAAUAUGGGAGCACUGUACCUCUGAGAAUUAUUUACUCCGUGUAUCUGGUUAUAAAGUUAAGUGCCUUUUAAUAAGGAUUGUUUUUGUAUUCAAUAGGUGUGUGAAAUAUUCCUAGUUUAUCUAGAUAAUUGUCAUUCGUUUCAGAGCCAUUUAUAUAACGCGGACUAAGAAAAGAUAGACCACGAGAUGAAUUUAAUGACAUCAAUUUUGAUGAAUGACCUUCCUUCCUUUAUAUUAUUUUGCCGUAUGGAAUUCACUUAUAUGCAAUAAAUGAAAAUACAAGUAUGUUAUACUAAUCCACAGAACUAUAGUUAAAAUUAUGGUGGUUAAAUAAAUUAAAUCAUUUUUUUUUUAAAUUAUUAUCGAACAAAAAUAAAUAGUAUAAUUUUAGUAAAAGUUGUCUGUAUAGACAACGUGCCUCGAUUCCUAGAAGAGCGGCAACAUGCAAAUAAGUAAAGCACGUAAGUGCAUUGUCAUUGUUUGCGCUGAGUGGCAACCUCGCUUUUCAAAAAUUCAAAUUCAUUUAAAUUGUGAAUUCAAUUAUGCAAGGUGUUCAAUAUGCUCAUUAUUAAAAGUAGACUUUUUGAUCUGAUUAAUUUACUGAUUACGUUUAUUUUGUGUAUAGUCAGGAAAUGAGAUAGCAUUUGGCUACAUUUUCGACAUCUAUAUGAAUUCCAUAUCAUUCUUCGAUAUAAACUGUUUUUCCUUAAACAAUUUACUAAUCUAAUACUAUUUAAUUAUUGACAAUCAAAUAUAAUAUUAUUUAUGAUGUUCAAAAUCCUGUUGUAUUUGUGGAGAGAUUCUCCCCAAGAGAAUGCUUGUAUACGAUGUUAUAAUUUACGUAUCGUUAUACUUACCUAUACACAGUCGAAUAUUAUAUUAAUAAGGAGUUGUGAUGAUUUUAUUUCCAGCAAUUUUUUUUAAUAUUUUGUUAUAUAACGUAACUUGGCAGCUUUAAAAAUACAAUCUUUGAUGCAACUACUUCCAAUAGAGUUUCGUUAUCAUAUCACAUCAACAAAAGAAAACAAAUCAAGGCAGGAUAAUAUAUGACGAUGCUCAGAUUUGCCAACGGGCAGAUGGGCUAAAAGGAACCUCCCACAUUAUAUACAAUAAUGUUUCUUCAAAGCGUCAGCAUCAACAGUCAAGAUAAUAUUUUGAUAGCACUAUAAAAAAAUACGCGUUUUAUGUGGAAAUGUAGCAUUAUUAUUGUCUCGUUUACAGCGCGUAAAAUUAUUCGCUGGUUUUGUGAUUAUUAUAAUAUACAAAUUAUCUAUAUUAUAAUAUCUUUCUUCUCUCAUAUAACUUCUCAGUCUAUAUAUCCUACGGACUACGUACUGAAAACUACUUGAUUAAAAUACGAGUACUCGCCACAUCAUCGCUUCGACUAGUAGUAAAAACUUCUUGAGCCGCGUUGGGCACUAUUUGUAGGGGAAAAAUCUUAUAGUUUCGCGUCACCGACAUGCUUAUGACUGGCGCACACGAUAAAAAAAAUAAUGAGAAAAUAUAUAGUCAGACACUCUUUGGAUAGGAAAAAUCUCAUGAGCUCGCGUCACCGAAAUGCUUAUAGCAGUAUAUCUGUAGCUAUACAGCUGACGUAUUGUGCAACAUUAAUACUGUGUAUAUGUUAAAAAAUUAUAUUGAAUGGGUUUAGUGAAAAGUUCAAUGUGUGUAUAUAUAUAUACUGUGCAUUGUUGAAUUAGUGUUUUUGUUCGAUUAAUAUAUUAUUGAAAAUUUGUUCUAAAAUAAAUUGAAAUUACUAAUUUAAUUGUUUUUAAACAUUAUAUAAUUUCAAAAAUUAAUACUAAAAGUUCUAAGUUUUCACUUCUACCGGCAGUGUACAACUGAAUUUUUUUUUUUAUUAAAUUUGGUCGUUGUUAAUAUAGUGCUGGUUAAUUUAGCUUCAUUUUUAGUCGGUAACAUUAAGCAUCGUGCUUAAUUCACCGUAAAGCAAGUGAUUACGUGGCUCUCGCUUGUUGCUACUUGCUAUAUAUUGCCCUCUCUUUGUCAUACGUCCAUCGGCUUCACAACUCGUAGCUGUAAGCACAGUGGUCGCAUCGCCAGGCGUAAAUUCAGCCUCACAUGGAGUACUGUUCUCACUUCUGGGAGGACGCUCCCCAGUGCCAGCUUCUCCUAUUUGACCGCAUACAACGAAAAGCGACUCGAAUCAUCGUUUCUCAUUCUUUAUCGUUGCGUGGGUGUGGGUUCUGUCUGCUUCUUUUACCGCAUAUAUCACGGGGCGUGCCCACAGGAGUUGUUCGGGUUCAUACCAGUAGUCGAAAUCCACCAUAUCAUGUCGGCAAUUAGGCAGUUCCUACCUCGUUAUGAACCUAAAUAAAUAUAGCACUAGUGUUAAAGUUAAUUUAGUUUAAUUUGGUUCCGUUAUUUUAUUACCAAACUUCCAUUUAACACCUACUCAUAAAGUUUUUCCUUACGAUAGAUACUAAAAAUCUACGUUAAGCAAUCGUUGCUUAUUCCAAAGCUCAACAAUGACUAGUUAGGUCCACAGUGCCUACCUUGCUAGAAAACCAAUGCACGCCCCUGAUCAUGUCAUAACGCGAAACUCCACCAGCAUCCUGAUGACAUCUGGCAUUCCACAACCAUGCUUUUUGCGAGAAACUGGCAUCGCACAGCUAUUUCGUGGAAUCAAAUCAGGCAUCAGUUUUCCCGGCCCGAUACGAAUCAGGGACCACAUCUCUUGACCCCUGGUGAAACGGAUGUCCAUGAGCGGUUCCUUCACCACUUGCCAUCAUGUAAGUCGCUUGCCCGUUUACCCUUUCUUGAAUAAAAAAAAUAUUAGCUAUUGCUUGCGCCACUGUGCUUCGUAACUCCAGAUCUCGAGCGCAAAUAAGUCUAUUUCCAUUUUCUUUGUGCCUUAAGAUAUGAUAGGGUACUACUAAAGCUGUGAGUUAACAGUCAUUAAUUAGCACUGCUUUAUGAAAUAAUGUUAAAGAAAUUUUACAACAGAAAGCAAGAUAUUGUAAUAAAGUAACUUUGAACACUACUAGUCAAUUAUAUGAGAGUAUUUUUCAAUAGACCAUUAUGUAUUUCUACGGGGAAAUCCUAAACCUAAUCAUAUUAGAUACAUCAAACAGUGAAUGACAUUAGUGGAAAUUAAUCAUGUCACUUAGAAUUUGGAGGUACUUUUGUCUAAGUAUGUAUAGCAAACUAGACCUUCUAAUCGGUCGUAUUUAAGUACAUAAUAUUUGAAAAGUGCCGUAAUUAAUCUUCUAUGAUUGGACAAGUUCAAGAACAAAAAUCAAUACAUAUUUAUGACAUGUUAGUAUAUUUAUUAGUAAAAAAAUUCUCGUGACAGAUAAUAAUUGAUUGUGAUGUAAUUUUAUUCUUUAGUCGUGGUGUUAUGUGCUUUUUUAUCAAUAUUGUUACGAUAGUGUAAUACGAGACUAAAAUAAUAGGAUGAUGGAAUACAAAAAUUUGAGAAAGUCAAUUUAAGUCUAAAUUUUACGGAAUGCUUAAUUUUAAUGCAGCAACCCAUUCAUUUUCGUUUCUUCCAAACUUCAAUUGCUCCGUCUAUCUUUUUAUUUUAGUCUAUAAAAAAAGUUACCACAUCGCUUAUGUUUUUAUGUGAAUUUGUUUAGACGAUUAAAAGAUGAGAUUAAGUUUUAAAAGAA